AUAAUACUUUUUUCCGCUAAAUUUUAUGAUCUCAAGUCGAAGAAAAAAUCACAAAACCAUAAACUUAAUAUGUUUCAUAAAAAGAAUUCUUAUAUCAAAUUCUGAAUUCAAAUCAAGUGUUUUAUCUAGUUUUUAAAAAUACCUGUUAAGAUAGCAACGGUGGAGCGCGGUGGUUGUGGUUAUGACACAUAAUUUGUUUUUACUUUUUACUCUUUUGUCCACCUUGGAGCAAAUAGAAAGUUUAUGUAAUGUAUGUCAAAAGAAUUAUGCAGCAUGUCUAGAUGAAAAACGUUUUGCAUUGUGUACUGGAGGAAAACCCGAAGACAAAAUUUACACCUGUCCCGAUGGAUAUGUUUGUACCAAAAGUACAUCUGUUUGUUUGCCACAAUCAGAGAUGAACCCAGUUACAGCUUCUUGUGAAAUGACUUGUGGUCUAUGCAACUCACCUGGGAAGCUAUUUUCUUGUUUAAGUAGUUCAACGUAUGCAUUUUGCUUUGCUAAAGAUGUACCAGAUUUAACCGCAAAAGGAGUAUGUCCUGAUGGAUAUGUUUGCAACUUGAAGAGCAGAGAAAUUUGUAUGAAGGCGACUGAAGAUGUUCCAUCAUGCAAUGCAGUGUGGGAUGAAAAUGACUCCAUUACCACUUCUGGAACUACUGAAAUUGAUGUGACAACUUUUAAGCCAAAAGUAACAACAAGUCAAUGGGAAACUAAAAAUGAGGAGGAUGACGCAACAGUCGGAGUUACUAGUCCCGAAAUUACUACUGAAGUUUCGUGUCCAACUGAAUCAACUUUAUCAACAACUCAAGCAACUGAAUAUGAAUCAAACUUCUGUAAUUUAAUACAAUCUGAAGGUUUAUAUAGAUCAGAAGGUGAUACAACUUGCCAAAAAUUUGUCUUAUGCUACUUUCUAGCUGGGCAAUUCUUGGAACUUCAAUACUCGUGUUCUAGCACGGAUUUCUUCAACGAGAAAACAAAAAACUGCGAAACCGAAAAACCAAUUGAUUGUUUAUAAAUGU